CGGGGCUGCUGCAAGCAGGGAUACCUGCAUACAUCAAGAUAACACGGGAGUUUAAUCUCAAUUAGAUGACAGUCUAAUUAACGGUGCUGGUGACUGCGCCAAAACGCGCACACACAUUGGAGAUUUUCUCCGCCCGCACAUCCAACUUUUCUUUUCCUCCGCUUCACGGGCUGACCCCUCGCUCGCUGGUUCGUACCGAGGCUCUGUGCUCAUCACUUGGACUUGGAUCUCCUGUGCUGUAAAAGCCGCAUCGGCUGUCUUAUCUGUGAUGGGGGCAGCGGCGGAGGUUGGGAGCUUCGUCAACGGAUUUCUGGACAGCUUUGGCCCCGCGGGUGCCGCUUCGGCUCCCGUCGGCUCUCAUUUCGUUCUCACCCCAGCCGGGGCGGUGGACUACAACUCGGUGACCGGACUAAUGAUGGGGGGACAGGGACAGCAGCAGGAGCACCUAGUGUCCGCGGAGAGGCUGUCCCGGAGCCUGGCGGACCUCAGCCAUCUGAAGGGGAUUCUGAGGCGGCGGCAGCUCUACUGCAGGACCGGCUUCCACCUGGAGAUCCGUCCCGACGGCACCGUGCAGGGCACCAGGAAGGACCACAGCAGAUUCGGUAUUUUGGAGUUCAUCAGUCUAGCUGUGGGACUUGUCAGCAUCAGAGGGGUGGACAGUGGACUCUACCUCGCCAUGAACAGCAAGGGAGAACUGUACGGAUCUGAGAAGCUGUCUGCAGAGUCCGUUUUUAGGGAGCAAUUUGAAGAAAACUGGUACAACACCUACUCAUCCAACAUCUAUCGACAUGGAGAAAGAGGGGCAUUUUACUUUGUUGCGCUGAACAAAGAUGGGACGUCCCGGGAUGGAACGAGGUCGAGGCGACAUCAGAGGUUCACGCACUUCUUACCGAGGCCUGUAGACCCGGACAGAGUACCAGAGCUGUACAGAGACAUACUGGGCCAGAGCUGAGACUGAAGGGGCGUUACCUUGACCCCAUCAGAGCUGCAAAGCAAGUGCACCUAAUCCUAACCCACUCUUGAGGGAGAUGGAAGAUCUUGUUGAUCUGGACAAAACAGGAUCAUAAACAGUGCACCAAAUCAACACUCCCCACUGAUGGCAUGGAGGAAGGACAGAGAUCCUUUCUGAACCACACUAGCCGGGGAGCUUGACUGAACAGCACCAGGGAUCUUCUGUGGAAGAUGUAAAGGCCCCUUACACAGACACAAACACUUGGGCCCCUAAUAUUGCCCCUUUAUGGGCCUAUGCAGAGGCCCUGGUGGCCAAACAGACAAGUCAUGGAUUUGAGUUUCCACUUCUUAAAUCCAGCUACCUGCUUGUCCAAACUGCAUGUUCAGGAGGUCAAAAGUAUGGGAACUAGGAGGUGAGAUUAACAACUAGCUGCUAGCGUCUUUCUGCUGUGGCUGCUGAGUCUUGUCAAUUCCACUGUUUUCAGUUAUUUUUAUUCAAAUCACUACUGUGGCUGCUAAGUAAAUGAUUUAUUGAAAUGUUUAAUCCACUAUACCGUGUGGCUGGUUUACAAAAAAAGAUAGUUUCAUGCACUGGAAACCAGCCAUGUCUGUUGUGGGAAACGGGUCUGAGAGCUGGGGGAAUCAUCUCCAUCGGACUGACUGUUGAGAUGGUGCGGACGGAUUCCCUUUGAAACUGCUCCAAAGAGAGAUGCUGCUCAGAAAAUAUGACUUUUCUACAAAGUGCAUGAGGAACAAAAGAAGAAGGAUGGGUCCAGUGGAGUUUUAUAAGGACUUCUUCUGUGGUGUCCCGUGGUGGAUUACUGCGUGUUCUGUUGGAACUCUAGAGACUCAUCUAGACCCCAGUGAAGGAAUUCGGUUGUUCUCACACUGACUGCAGUCAAACAACGAGCACGGGACCGACAAAGACACCCUUACAAACCUGUUGGCAGAUUUUAUUCUUAUUUAUGAAUUUUUGU